UUUCAGCGGAGACCUCGCUCUUCUGUCCGCACGCCUCCCUCGCGCCGGUUCCGGACGGCAGAGGGCCCUCCCCCGGCCUCCGCGCUGCCUAGGACUUUAACCGCGGGGACCGCGGAGGCCCGCGGGGCCCCCUGCCUAGACGGGAGCGGAGAGGAGAUAAGAUGGCGGCCCGGCUGCGCAGACACCAGGCGCGGCGAGGGGCGAGCUCUCCCCGCUCGCUAAGGACCUCCUCCAUCCCUCUCCGGAAGAGGAGAAGAGGAAACACAAGAAGAAGCGCCUGGUGCAGAGCCCCAAUUCCUACUUCAUGGAUGUGAAAUGCCCAGGAUGCUAUAAAAUCACCACCGUCUUCAGCCACGCACAAACGGUAGUUUUGUGUGUUGGUUGCUCCACUGUUCUCUGUCAGCCAACAGGAGGAAAAGCAAGGCUUACAGAAGGAUGCUCCUUCAGAAGGAAGCAGCACUAAAGGCACCUCCAAUCAAGAUGAGUGGGAAACCAUCCCAAUAAACACAUUUUGGAUACAUCCUGUUUAUUGUCUUGUUUUACUGGUAGGAAGUUCUUACCUCAAGUAUUCAGGGCCAUCCAGAAGAAUGGACUGCUAGUCAUUUGGGGCAAUUUUUGAAAUGAAGGAUAUAAGGACUCCUUACCUAGAAAGAUGAAAGCUGUUGAUGCCAGCACUACAAAGAGGGUAAAGAGGAUCUGGUAAGAACCCAUGAACUUCUGGAGGACACCUGAAUCUUCACAUUGAUCUAUGCAUUGGCCAGAACAGAAGAAGAGAAUAGUUAUUUAAUCACACAUCCAGGCCAGAUGUUGCAUUUAAAACCUUGUGUGGUCAUAAGACUAUCUAGCAGAAGCACUCGAAACCCAGCCCUUUAGGACAUCGAUUUUUAAAACAUGUAAUACCUGGUUAUUUAGUCAGGUGCGCUGACCUCUUUUCCCUUAGAUUGUUAAAUAAAAAAUGACAGCCGCCCUGGCCUGUGUGGCUCAGUUGUUUGGAGCCUUGUCCUGUAUACAGAAAGGUUGCAUGUUCAAUCCCUGUUCGGGGCACCUAUGGAAGGCAACCAAUUGAUGCUCUCUCCCACAUCAAGGUUUCUCCCUACCCUUCUCUCUAAAAUCAAUACGCACAUCCUUGGGUGAGGAUUUUAAAAAAUAACACAAUAGCUGUCUGAUGUGAAUGAAUCAAAGCUAAACUUUUUUUGGUCAGAUUAGCAAAAAUACUUUUUUGUUUUGUUUUGUUUUUUAUAUAUUUUAUUGAUUUUUUACAGAGAGGAAGGGAGAGGGAUAGAAAGCUAGAAACAUCAAUGAGAGAGAAACAUCAACCAGCUGCCUCCUGCACACCCCCUCCUGGGGAUGUGCCUGCAACCAAGGUACAUGCCCUUGACCGGAAUCGAACCUGGGACCUUUCAGUCUACAGGCUGACGCUCUAUCCACUGAGCCAAACCGGUCUUGGCCAAAAAUACUUUUUAUUGGUGUGCCCCAGAAUUUUAGAAAUUACUUUGUAUGUGCCGUGAGGUGAGAGAGGUUGAAAAUCACUGCUCUAGGAUAUUGUUUUACUUAUCAGAGUAAAGUGAACUAUAUUUGGCUCCAUCUUACUGGCUUUUUCCUAUCUCCGAAGUAAUAAACUCCAAUUCUUGAGCCUCUUAUUAAUUCCUCUCAGCUUACAGGAAUAUUUAAAACUUCUGCCACUUGAAAAUGGCUUUUACCUUUCCUGUGCGUUUUAACUAAAUGUGUUGCAAUCUAUGGUGAUUUGAUUUUUUUUAAAUUGAUUUGAGAGAGAGGGAGAGAGGAACAUCAAUUUGUUCCACUUAUUUAUGCAUUCAUUGGUUGAUUCUUAUAUGUUCCCUGACUGGGGAUCAAAACUGCAACCUUGACACAUCAGGGAUGCUCUAACCAACUGAGCUAUCUGGCCAGGGUGUGAUUUGAUUUCUCAUUCUAAUCCCUGUAACUUGAAACAUUCCUUUGGAUCCCCAAUGACUUAAAGCCAAGGGCCCCUUACCCAUUUUUACUCAGGAUGUCAUUUCUAGGGAAUAUUCUGAUUUGUAUAUAAUGUCCUUAAUAAAACUUGCGACUCCUGUCUUUGAAUCAUA